AAGGAUCAUUUUGAUGAGCUGCCUCUGCUGGUGCACCCCGGGAGUCCUGGGCAGAGUGCAGAGGGCAAGAACAGACCCACUGAGAGCAAGGACUGGAACGCUGAGAUGGGCAAUGCAGCCCUCUGCCCGUCUUGCCAUGUGGACAAGAGCAGACAAGUACCAGGCAACAUGCAGGAACGGGACCAAACCCUGGACUACUAUGGCUGUAACAGGGAGGACGUCACGGGACCUGGGGUGAGGUCUGACAGCAAUGCAAGUUUCCUUCGAGCUGCCAGAGCGGGGAAUCUGGACAAAGUAGUGGAAUAUCUGAAGGGAGGCAUAGACAUCAACACCUGCAAUCAGAAUGGGCUCAAUGCUCUUCAUCUGGCUGCCAAGGAGGGCCAUGUCGGACUCGUUCAGGAGUUGUUGGGAAGAGGGUCUGCUGUGGACUCUGCUACAAAGAAGGGAAAUACUGCUCUUCACAUUGCUUCUCUGGCUGGACAAGCAGAAGUCGUCAAAGUUCUUGUUAAGGAAGGAGCCAAUAUUAAUGCACAGUCUCAGAAUGGCUUCACUCCUUUAUACAUGGCUGCCCAAGAGAACCACAUUGAUGUUGUCAAAUAUUUGCUGGAAAAUGGAGCUAAUCAGAGCACUGCUACUGAGGAUGGCUUCACUCCGCUCGCCGUCGCACUCCAGCAGGGACACAACCAGGCAGUGGCCAUCCUCCUGGAGAAUGACACUAAGGGGAAAGUGAGGCUCCCCGCGCUGCACAUCGCCGCCAGGAAAGACGACACCAAAUCCGCCGCCCUGCUGCUUCAGAAUGAUCACAACGCUGAUGUCCAAUCCAAGAUGAUGGUGAAUAGGACAACUGAGAGUGGCUUUACCCCUUUGCACAUAGCCGCACACUAUGGAAAUGUCAACGUGGCGACCCUUCUUCUAAACCGGGGAGCUGCUGUGGACUUCACAGCCAGGAAUGGAAUCACUCCGUUGCACGUGGCUUCCAAAAGGGGAAACACAAACAUGGUGAAGCUCUUACUGGAUCGCGGUGGGCAGAUUGACGCCAAAACUAGGGAUGGGUUGACUCCACUUCAUUGUGCUGCGAGAAGUGGUCAUGACCCAGUGGUGGAACUUCUGCUGGAACGCGGCGCGCCAUUGCUGGCAAGGACUAAGAAUGGACUAUCUCCUCUUCACAUGGCUGCACAAGGGGACCACGUGGAAUGUGUGAAGCACCUCCUACAGCACAAGGCACCUGUUGAUGAUGUCACCCUGGACUACUUGACGGCUCUGCACGUUGCUGCGCACUGUGGCCACUAUCGUGUAACCAAACUCCUGCUGGACAAGAGAGCCAACCCUAAUGCAAGAGCUCUGAAUGGUUUUACUCCACUGCACAUUGCCUGCAAGAAAAACCGCAUCAAAGUCAUGGAACUGCUGGUGAAAUAUGGGGCUUCCAUCCAAGCUAUAACAGAGUCUGGCCUCACACCAAUACAUGUGGCUGCCUUCAUGGGCCACUUGAACAUUGUCCUCCUUCUGCUGCAGAACGGAGCCUCUCCAGAUGUCACUAACAUUCGUGGGGAGACUGCCCUGCACAUGGCCGCCCGGGCUGGGCAGGUGGAAGUGGUCCGGUGCCUUCUGAGAAACGGGGCCCUGGUUGAUGCGAGAGCCAGGGAGGAACAGACGCCUUUGCACAUUGCUUCUCGCCUGGGUAAGACAGAAAUUGUUCAACUGCUUCUACAACAUAUGGCCCAUCCGGAUGCAGCCACUACAAAUGGGUACACACCACUGCACAUCUCCGCCAGGGAGGGCCAGGUAGAUGUCGCAUCGGUCCUCUUGGAAGCAGGAGCGGCACAUUCCUUAGCUACCAAGAAGGGAUUCACUCCACUGCACGUAGCAGCCAAGUAUGGAAGCUUGGAUGUGGCCAAGCUUCUCUUGCAGCGCCGUGCUGUCGCAGACUCGGCCGGGAAGAAUGGCCUUACCCCGCUCCACGUGGCUGCUCACUAUGACAACCAGAAGGUGGCGCUGCUGUUACUGGAGAAGGGUGCUUCCCCUCAUGCCAUGGCCAAGAAUGGCUACACCCCUCUGCAUAUUGCUGCUAAGAAGAAUCAGAUGCAGAUCGCUUCCACCCUCCUGAACUACGGAGCAGAGACCAACAUUGUGACAAAACAAGGAGUCACUCCGCUUCACCUGGCCUCACAGGAGGGCCACACAGAUAUGGUCACCUUGCUUCUGGAGAAGGGAGCCAAUAUCCACAUGUCUACCAAGAGUGGACUCACAUCCUUACACCUGGCAGCCCAGGAAGAUAAAGUGAAUGUUGCCGAUAUACUCACCAAGCAUGGGGCCGACCAAGAUGCUCACACAAAGCUUGGCUACACUCCUUUAAUUGUCGCCUGUCACUAUGGAAAUGUGAAAAUGGUCAACUUUCUUCUGAAACAGGGAGCAAAUGUCAACGCAAAGACCAAGAAUGGCUACACGCCUUUGCACCAGGCCGCCCAGCAAGGCCACACACACAUCAUUAACAUCCUGCUGCAGCACGGGGCCAAGCCCAAUGCCACCACCGCGAAUGGCAACACGGCCCUGGCGAUCGCUAAGCGGCUGGGCUACAUCUCCGUGGUGGACACUCUGAAGGUUGUCACGGAGGAGGUCACCACCACCACUACGACGAUCACUGAAAAACACAAGCUGAAUGUUCCUGAGACGAUGACUGAAGUUCUUGACGUUUCUGAUGAAGAGGCUUUAAAACAUUUUGGUGACCAAGUUAUUGAUGGGGAUGCACUUAGUGAUUCAGGGGAUGACACAAUGACAGGCGAUGGGGGUGAGUACCUCAGGCCGGAGGAUCUGAAGGAACUGGGCGACGAUUCUCUCCCCAGCAGUCAGUUCCUGGACGGCAUGAAUUACCUGCGGUACAGUCUGGAAGGAGGACGAUCUGACAGCACCAUGCCCAGCCUCCGAUCCUUCAGUUCCGACAGGUCUCACACCCUGAGCCAUGCCUCCUACGUGAAGGACAGCGCCAUGAUCGAGGAGACCGUGGUGAUCCCCAGUCAUCAGGUGCCAGCUCUAGCCAAGGAGGCAGAAAGGAAUGCUUAUCGUCUAAGCUGGGGCACUGAGAACUUAGACAACGUGGCUCUUUCUUCUAGCCCGAUUCAUUCAGGCCGCGCCUCUCCAUGUCUUGAUCGUGACAACAGCAGUUUCCUGGUUAGUUUUAUGGUGGAUGCCCGAGGUGGUGCUAUGAGAGGAUGCAGACACAAUGGGCUACGAAUCAUUAUUCCUCCUCGGAAGUGCACCGCCCCCACACGCGUCACCUGCCGCCUGGUCAAACGCCACAGACUGGCUACCAUGCCGCCAAUGGUGGAAGGAGAAGGCCUAGCCAGUCGCCUGAUUGAAGUCGGACCUUCUGGCGCUCAGUUCCUUGGUAAACUUCACCUGCCAACGGCUCCUCCCCCACUUAAUGAGGGAGAAAGUUUGGUCAGCCGCAUCCUUCAGCUGGGGCCUCCUGGAACCAAAUUCCUUGGGCCUGUGAUUGUGGAGAUCCCUCACUUCGCGGCCCUGCGAGGGAAGGAGCGCGAGCUGGUGGUGCUGCGCAGCGAGAACGGGGACAACUGGAAAGAGCACUUCUGUGACUACACCGAGGACGAGUUGAAUGCCAUCCUCAAUGGCAUGGAGGAAGUGCUGGACAGUCCAGAAGACCUGGAGAAGAAACGGAUCUGCCGUAUCAUCACCCGUGACUUCCCACAGUACUUUGCAGUGGUGUCUCGCAUCAAACAGGAUAGCAACCUGAUUGGCCCUGAAGGAGGUGUGCUGAGUAGCACAGUGGUCCCCCAAGUGCAGGCUGUCUUCCCCGAGGGAGCCCUAACCAAGCGGAUCCGCGUAGGCUUACAGGCUCAACCUAUGCACAGUGAGCUGGUGAAGAAGAUCCUCGGCAACAAAGCUACCUUCAGCCCUAUUGUCACGUUGGAACCGAGAAGAAGAAAAUUCCACAAGCCAAUUACCAUGACCAUUCCUGUCCCCAAAGCUGCAAGCGAUGUCAUGCUGAAUGGUUUUGGGGGCGAUGCGCCCACUUUAAGAUUACUAUGCAGUAUAACAGGUGGAACCACCCCUGCCCAGUGGGAGGAUAUUACAGGAACUACGCCAUUAACAUUUAUCAAUGAAUGUGUUUCCUUUACAACCAAUGUAUCUGCCAGGUUCUGGUUGAUAGACUGUCGACAGACCCAGGAAUCCGUGACCUUCACAUCACAAGUGUACAGAGAGAUCAUCUGUGUCCCGUACAUGGCCAAAUUUGUAGUGUUUGCCAAAUCACACGAUCCCAUUGAAGCCAGGUUGAGAUGUUUCUGUAUGACAGAUGAUAAAGUGGAUAAAACCCUUGAGCAGCAAGAAAACUUUGCUGAGGUCGCCAGAAGCAGGGAUGUGGAGGUCUUAGAAGGAAAACCCAUCUAUGUUGAUUGCUUUGGCAACCUGGUGCCAUUAACCAAGAGUGGUCAGCAUCAUAUAUUCAGUUUUUUUGCCUUUAAAGAAAAUAGACUUCCUCUCUUUGUCAAGGUACGUGAUACGACUCAGGAACCUUGCGGACGACUAUCAUUCAUGAAGGAGCCAAAAUCCACAAGAGGCCUGGUGCAUCAAGCUAUUUGCAACUUAAACAUCACUCUGCCAAUCUAUGCAAAGGAAUCAGAGUCAGAUCAAGAACCAGAGGAAGAGAUCGAUAUGGCAUCAGAAAAAAAUGAUGAGACAGAAUCUACAGAAACAUCUGUCCUGAAAAGUCACCUGGUAAAUGAAGUUCCUGUCCUAGCAAGCCCGGAUUUGCUCUCUGAAGUUUCUGAGAUGAAACAAGAUUUGAUCAAAAUGACCGCCAUCUUGACCACUGAUGUGUCUGAUAAGACAGGCUCUAUGAAGGUGAAGGAGCUGGUCAAGGCCACGGAGGAGGAGCCAGGAGAGCCUUUUGAAAUCGUUGAAAGAGUUAAAGAGGACCUAGAGAAAGUCGAUGCGAUCCUGAGAAGUGGGACCUGCGCAGGGGAGGAAGGCAGUGGGCAGAGGUCCGAGUCAGGGAGGGGGCUGGUGGAGGAGGAAUGGGUGAUUGUCAGUGAGGAAGAAAUAGAAGAGGCUAAGCAAAAGGCACCGUUAGAAGUUCAUGAAUAUCCAUGUGUAGAAAUUAGAUUAGGCAAAGAGGCCAAAGUUAAAGCAGAGAAAGACUCAACUGGGUUAGUGAAUUAUCUUCUCAAUGACCUCAGUUCACAUGCAAAUCACCACAAAGCGCCACCUCAGACAGUCCCAGCUGUGCCCGGGGAGAGGAGGAAGGCUCCCUCCUUGACUGUUAGCAAAAGCCCCGCAAAUGAGGGGAAAGGGGCCCCCCCAGCAGAUGCAGAGAGCAAGCAGGAACCACACAAACCAAGCCUGGGGAUCAAGAAGCCCCUGAGAAGGAAGUUAAAAGAAAAACAGAAACAGAAAGAGGAAAGUUUACAAGCUGGUGCAGAUAAAACCCAACUUAAAAAAGGAAGUUCAGAAGAAUCAUUAGAUGAAGACCCAGGUUUAGCCCCAGGAUCUCUUCCCACUACUAAGGCCACAUCUCCUUUGGUAGAAGAAACUCCCAUAGGCUCCAUAAAGGACAAGGUCAAGGCCCUUCAGAAGCGAGUGGAGGAUGAACAGAAAGGUCGAAGCAAGUUGCCCAUCAGAGUCAAAGGCAAAGAGGAUGUACCAAAAAAGACCACCCACCGGGGGCACCCAGCUGCAUCCCCCCCUCUGAAGCCUGCAUCGAUAUCUCCCUCCUCCAAGACAGAAAGGCACACUUCGCUUUCCACUGCUGCAAAAACUGAAAAGCAUCCUCCUGUGUCAUCAUCAGGGAAAACAGACAGACACUCACCUGUGUCCCCCUCUGCAAAAACUGAAAGACAUCCACCCACAUCUUCCUCAAGUAAAACCGAGAAACACUCCCCUGGCUCACCUUCUACAAAAGCCGAAAGACACUCCCCAGGGUCACCCUCUACAAAAAUAGAGAGACACCCACCUAUGCCACCCGCAGCAGGCAAGACAGACAAACGUCCUCCAGCAUCACCCUCUGGGAGAACAGACAGACAUCCACCAGUCUCACCGGGUAGAACCGAGAAAAGACUGCCUGUGUCUCCCUCAGGAAGGACGGAAAAACACCUGCCUGCUUCAGCAUCUGGGAAAGCCGACAAGCACCUGCCUGUCUCCCCUUCAGGUAAGACCGACAAGCAGCCACCUGUCUCUCCCACCUCAAAAACAGAAAGAAUUGAAGAGACCAUGUCUGUCCGGGAACUGAUGAAAGCCUUCCAGUCAGGUCAGGACCCAUCUAAACAUAAGACUGGACUCUUUGAGCACAAAUCAGCAAAACAAAAGCUUCUACAAGAAAAAGGCAAAGUUCGUGUGGAAAAGGAAAAGGGCCAGAUAAUAACCCAGAGGGAAAUCCAGAGAACCGAGACUCAGACAAUCAAACGUGGCCAGCGAUUCUCCAUGAUGGGAACUGCGGAGUCCAAGCGAGGGGUUCGUACUUCCUCUCUCGGGCCUAAGAAGGAAGAUGUCGUUGUGGAAAAGGAGAAAGUGUUCAGCCCCAAAACACCAGAGCCUGUUCCGUCAGCACCCCAAGAAGAAAGCCAUAAAGAAAGCGAGGUCCCCAAAGAGAAGAUGGCUGACGAACAAGGAGAAAUGGAGCUUCAGAUCAGCCCUGACCGGAAAACCUCCACUGAUUUUUCUGCUGUCAUUAAGCAAGAGUUGGAAGACAAUGACAAAUACCAACAAUUCUGCCUGAAUGAAGAGACUGAAAAGGCCCCGCUUCACUUAGACCAAGUACUCACUAGCCCUUUCAACACAACAUUCCCGCUAGAUUAUAUGAAAGAUGAAUUCCUCCCUGCCCUCUCCUUACAGAGCCAAGUUUUAGACGGCACUUCGGAAAGCCUGAAGCAAGAAGGGAUAGCAAAUUCCCCAUGUGGCAGCCUGAUGGAAGGGACCCCUCAGGUUAGUUCAGAAGAAAGUUAUAAGCAUGAGGGCCUGGCAGAGACUCCCGAGACAAGCCCAGAAAGCCUUUCUUUCUCACCAAAGAAAAGUGAUCAACCAAUGGGGGACACGAAGGAAACUACCAAGUUAGAAACACCGACAGCCACUCAUUCCGGAAAAGAAGCUCCCACCACCAAAGACAUCAGGGAUGGCUCUGAAGAGCAACGGGCCGCAGUCCCUGAGAGCACAGAUCUCUCGGUCGAUUGUGCUCAAACGGAGACCCCCUUAGGCCCUCCCAAAGACACAAGUCCCCAACAGGAUGAUUUCCCCGGCAGGGGGAGUGUAUCCUCAGCAGAAGAGACCUCCAAAGGAUUGAUUGAGCAAGCAGCAUCCUGGGAUGAAGGUCAAUUUACAAGUGGUAGGAUAGAUGAAGGUCACCUCACAAGUGGUGGUACAGCCCAUACAACACACACUGAUAUCGAGGCUCAGGAGCCCACAUGUGCUGCACCCUCAGAGGAGACCAGGGCUCCAGCGCUGCCCCAGGCUUCUAUGAAAUCAGACUCAGGGACAGAAUGGAAGCCACAGGGAGGGACUCGCAGUCCUCAAGGGUUAGAACUUGCACUUCCUAGCCGGGACAGCGAAGUUCUCAGCCCUAUGGCUGAUGAAUCAUUAGCAGUCAGCCACAAAGACUCACUGGAAGCCAGCCCCGUGCUGGAAGAUAAUUCUUCACACAAGACUCCCGAUUCUCUGGAACCAAGUCCUCUGAAAGAAUCCCCUUGCCGUGACUCUCUGGAAAGCAGCCCUGUUGAACCAAAGACGAAGGCUGGCAUUUUCCCAAGCCACUUUCCUCUUCCCGCAGCGAGCACCAAAGCAGAGCUUGUGACGGAGGUGGCCUCCAUGCGAGCCCGGCUGCUCCGAGACCCUGACGGCAGUGCUGAAGAUGACAGCCUGGAGCAAGCAUCCCUGAUGGAGAGCUCGGGGAAGAGCCCCCUUUCUCCCGAUACACCCAGCUCGGAAGAAAUUAGCUACGAGGUCACACCCAAAGCCACAGAUGCAAAUACACCCAAGCCAGCAGUGAUUCAAGAAUGUGCAGAGGAGGAUGAGUCCGAAAAUGGGGAGAAGAAGAAGUUCACACCCGAAGAGGAAAUGUUUAAAAUGGUAACCAAAAUCAAAAUGUUUGAUGAACUUGAACAGGAAGCAAAGCACAAAAGGGACUGUAAGAAAGAACCCAGGCAAGAAGAAUCUUCGUCCUCUGAUCCAGACGCUGACUGUUUGGCAGACCUGGAAGAACCAAUGCACACGGAUAAUGGGGGGGAUGGAACUGAUGUCCCUGUGGUAGUGACCUCAGAGAGCCGGAAGGCUUCCUCUUCCUCUGAAAGUGAACCUGAGCUGACCCAGCUGAAAAAGGGUGUGGACUCAGGUCUAUUAGCAGAACCAGUUAUUCGAGUACAGCCUCCUUCACCACUUCCGUCUAGUAUGGAUUCUAAUUCCAGUCCUGAAGAAGUACAAUUCCAGCCCAUAGUUUCCAAACAAUACACUUUCAAGAUGAGCGAAGAGAUUCCAGAGGAGUCAGGUAAAUUGGCGGAAGAAAAAGACUAUGAAUCCCCUUUGCCUGAAGACGGCCCUGGUGUUUCCGCGGAUGGUGCAGAUACGGCUUAUGAUGAUCUAAACAGACACAGUGAUCAGUCUAGGAUCUGCGAUGGCCAUGGCUGUGAGGCCGUCCAGAGUUCACCUAGCGAGGAUGCUGACGCGCAGCUGCUCGGCCAGGACGAUUCCGCAGCCCUUGAAGACAGUCACAAAAUAGACACGGAAGAUGAAGAGCUGGACGGCUCGAAGGUCGAGUCCCUACGAGUCGAAUGCUCCAGCGAAAGCUCUUCGUCGUCUCUGUCCUCUCUGACUCACGGUCCGCUUCCUGAAGGAAAAGAACUGGAUGAGGAGGUAUCCGCCACUUCUUCUGCCAUAAAAAUUGAGGUCUCAACCAACGACCGCACUUUUGAGACAACAGAUGGCUCUACGGAAGGGUCUUCCCCUACUACUCAAAGCGUUCACUUCUCCAUGGAGGGUCCAGUCACGGACCCCGCUGACAUGGAUGGAAUCGAUGACCCUCAAAUCACAAGCCCUUAUGAAAAUGUUCCUUCUCAACCCUUUUUCUCAAGUGCAGACAGCAGAACCCACACGGACGUGAGCCAUACCACAGACCCGCACUCUUCUGAGGUCUAUUCCGUCCCCAUCACUUCCCCUGCGGAAAGCGCAGUCAGGAGAAGCCCCUCUAGGGAAGCUAUUUCAAGCCAGCGAUCUACUUUGGAGAGCCAGGACAUGGAAAUAGACUCGGAACAAGAAAGGUCUGUGUGGGGAGUACAAUCAGCUCACCCUGCUUCCCCCUUCGCACCCGCUUUGCCAAAUGCUUCACCCCAGAUAAGCAAAGUCAUUAUCACCAAAACCGAUGUGGACGCUGAUUCCUGGAGUGAAAUCCGUGAAGAUGAUGAAGCCUUUGAGGCUCGAGUCAAAGAAGAAGAACAAAAGAUCUUUGGUUUGAUGGUGGACAGACAAUCACAGGGCACCACCCCGGACACGACUCCCGCUCGGACCCCAACUGAAGAAGGCACACCAACAAGUGAGCAAAAUCCAUUUCUCUUCCAGGAAGGGAAGCUGUUUGAGAUGACCCGAAGCGGGGCCAUUGACAUGACCAAAAGGUCCUAUGGGGAUGAGAGUUUCCACUUUUUCCAAAUCGGACAGGAAUCCAGGGAAGAGAUCCUCUCUGCAGACGUAAAAGAAGGGGCGCCUCAGGGUGAGCCCCCACAGCUGGGGCCAUCAGCCGAGCCCCAAGCACUUUCCGAAUUAAAAGAAACAGAUGAUGAUGAAGCUAGCUUAUUUCCGACUGACGUGAGUGAAGAAGUAGAUGCAAUACCUGCCCAUGAUGCUCAAGGUAACUCCCAAAGAGGGAUGCCAGCCUCUGUUGAAACAUCUGCACGAGAGACCACUUCUUCAGGGGCCAAGGCUCUCCCCGCCAUGCAAGCGAGUGACCCACCUCCUGUGUCCAGUCUGGAGCAGACAUCUGACCCGGAUUCCUCUGCACCAACAGUACCAGUUCAGUUAGAUUUUUCCACAGUGACCAGAUCUGUCUACCCAGACCGAGAUGAUGAGUCUCCCGAUUCUUCCCCAGAGGAACAAAAAUCCGUGAUCGAAAUCCCUACUGCACCCAUGGAGAAUGUGCCUUCUACUGAAAACAAAUCCAAAAUACCUGUAAGGACUAUGCCUGCUCCAACACCAGCAGCCCCAUCUGCAGAGAGCAAGGAGUCCCUCUCUGAAGAUGUCCUGCCCAGAGUGGACGAUGAAAGUAAGGAGGAGGGAACAAAACCAAAGUCCAAAAUCCCAGUCAAAGCCCCCAGCCAAAAAGCCGAGCAGCAGCUUCCACCUGUAGACCCCUCUCUCCUCAAGCCAGAGGCUCCGCAGGGAAUGGACAUGACCAUCAGAGUCCCUGAGAGCAGGAGCCAAUCAGAAUCAGAUGCUGGUCUUUUGGGCUCAGAAACCAAAUCUCCAGAAAACACUAGGAGUUACACUGAGGCAGACACAGAGACCAGAGAGAAGGCCAGGGAGCUUGAGUUAGAAUCAGAAGAAGGGGCCAUAAGACCAAAGGUCUUUUCCUCUCGAUUGCCAGUGAAGAGCAGAAACACCGAGUCUUCCUGCAGAGGGGUCGUGAGCCCCACCAAAGAAAGUAAGGAGCAUUUCUUUGACCUUUACAGAAACUCCAUAGAAUUUUUUGAGGAGAUUAGUGAUGAGGCUUCCAAAUUAGUGGAUAGACUGACCCAGUCAGAGAGGGAGCAGGAAUUAGUUUCCGAUGAUGAGAGCAGUAGUGCCCUGGAAGUGUCAGUCAUUGAAAAUCUGCCACCUGUUGAGACCGAACACUCAGUUCCCGAGGACAUCUUUGACACAAGGCCCAUUUGGGAUGAGUCCAUUGAGACUCUGAUUGAACGCAUCCCUGAUGAAAAUGGCCAUGACCAUGUUGAAGAUCCACAGGAUGAGCAGGAACAGAUCGAGGAAAGGCUGGCUUAUAUUGCUGAUCACCUUGGCUUCAGCUGGACAGAAUUAGCAAGAGAACUAGAUUUCACUGAGGAACAAAUUCAUCAAAUUCGAAUUGAGAACCCCAACUCCCUCCAAGACCAGAGUCAUGCCCUGCUCCAGUACUGGCUAGAAAGGCACGGGAAGCACGCCACAGAUACCAAUCUUAUUGAAUGUCUCACCAAGAUCAACCGAAUGGAUAUUGUUCAUCUCAUGGAGGCCAGCACAGAACCUCUGCAGGAGCGCAUCAGCCAUAGCUAUGCAGAAAUUGAGCAGACAAUUGCACUGGAUCAUAGUGAAGGAUUCUCGGUACUGCAGGAGGAGCUGUGCACAGGACAGCAGAGACAGAAAGAGGAGUGUCGUGUAUCUAAAGGAAGCGAGUCCUGUGAUCAGCCCCCUAUUGUCUCCGAGGAGGACAUCUCUGUCGGUUAUUCCAUGUCUCAGGAUUGCCUCCUCAAAACUGAGGGGGGCACUUCGGCUGCAGAGGUCUUACCCCCAACGGACAAAGAGCAGGUUCAACGGGAUUUCUCAGGGAAAAUGCAAGACCUGAACGAGGAGCCAUCUCUUGAACAUCAGCAGGAAUACUUCGUCACCACCCCAGGAACAGAAGUGUCAGAGACUCAAAAGGCUACAGCAGUAUCUGCAUCUGCCAACGAGGUACCUGAGGAAAUGAGUUCCCCUCCUGAGGAGGAGAGGCCCUACCUCCGGACCCCGACAUCCCGUGAAUGGGCCAACUCUCCCAUCGUACAAGAACCCGAAGAGUCGCCAGUGCAGAGAGAGAGCUCUCCACGAAGAACCAGCCUCGUGAUAGUAGAAUCUGCUGAUGACCAGCCGCAAACCUUCGAAAGACUGAAUGAAGAUUUAGCUUUUCAAAAGGAGCUCACGGAGCACUUAGGUGAGCUUGAGGCCAGCUCGGAUGAGGAGGCGACAGUGACUACCAGGGUGGUCCGCCGCCGCGUGAUUAUCCAGGGGGACGAUAUGCCUGACAUUCCACCGGAAACGGUCACAGAAGAAGAAUACACUGACGAGCAUGGACACACCGUGGUGCGAAAGGUUACUAGAAAAAUCAUUAGGCGCUACGUCUCCUCGGACGGCAUUGAGAAAGAAGAGAUCACAAUGCAGGGAAUGCCACCUGAACCAGUCCACAUCGAGGAAGGGGAUGGCUUUUCCAAAGUGGUCAAGCGUGUUGUACUAAAGAGUGACACCGAGCAGUCAGAGGUAACUUUGUCGGAGCCCAGCAUUUUGUCCAGUACUUCAGAAUUUCAGGCUGAACCAGUGGAAGGCCGCAGAGUCAGCAAAGUUGUUAAAACCACUAUGGUACAUGGAGAGAGGAUGGAGAAGCACAUGGGGGAUUCGAGCUUAGCCAGUGAUCUUCCUUCAGCCAAAGAUGACUUUGAAGAGGCUUUGAGUUACACAGGUAGCCACCUGAAAGUCCACCUCCCAAGUCUAGUAGAGAAUGAAAUCUUGAAAGAAGAUGGAUCAAUAAUUAAAAGGACAACGAUGAGUAAAGCCCAUACCCAGAAGAGGGCUGUGGUGAAGGACCAGCAUGGCAAACACGUCCACAUGCAGCACCUGGAGGAUGUCCCAGAAGCACUAGGCCAGGAUGACCUCCAGCACGACCUCCAGCGGCUCCUUCGGCACUUCUGCAAGGAGGGCUCAAAUCGAGAGGCCACCUAAGGGGCUGCCCAGUUCUCAGAUCAGAAACCACACACUCCCUCAAUAUGCAACUCCUCGUUCCACUCCUGCACUCGCCAGAACCGGCCUCACAAAUGGGACACCCUGGCAUUUCCACUUUGAGCAAACACGCUGCGUUUUCCUUCCAUGUCCCCUACCCUUUCCUCCUGUCCACUAAGUUGUGACCAAAGAUAGCAUCCUUUCUUCUGGAUGCUGUGCCCACUACUUGGUUGUGUGAACCUGGGGACUGGCCGCCUCCAUUGUUCUUUGCUUCUGCACAACCUCCAUGAAAACCCAUUGAUCAGAAGAACUUUCUCUGCAGACCUCUCCGGUGAGGGAUCCCCCAGAGGGAGGUCCAUGUACAAUGUAUAUAGUUGACAUGCUCAGAUGAACAGCAUAUUAAGAUGAAAACCACUGCCUAUCCUAACUACACUGGGCAUCAUGGAAGAAAGGGCCUCUAGGAAUUGCUGAACAAUGGUUAAUUAAGAGAUUGCUAACACAAUCGAAUGACAAUACAGUUCUACUGCAAACGAAGCAGUUCAGAAUGACCAUGUCCUUAGGACUUCCAGAGUAGCCACUGCUCCUAGUCAAAGAGAGGUUAAUAACCUUCAAGUUCUUGUCCUUCACAGAGAUGUCAUUGCUGGGACUGGCCAGCCAUGACACAUGAUUCUCCAGCAGCCACUCUGAGAGAGAGAGAGAGAGAGAGAGAAAGAGAGAGAGAGAAGCAGAGGCAAACAGCAUGAAACCAUGAGGUAUUUGGUUGCUAGCAGCUACCUCCUGUAGUGUUCUAGCAUCUUCAGGUCUUUGAGAUUUGAACGAGUUGGCAGGGUAUUUUGCAAAGCUCUAACUACUGUAGUUCUCCAGUUUUCAUUGCUGCUUUAGCCAACCACGCUGUCUUACUGGUGGUACUUCCCCCUGUCCACUGCACUGUAGAUAAUUCAUUGGAAACAAGAUUCACCCACUACACAAAAGCUGAAAAACUCCUUCACCAUGUUUGAGUGGUUUUUUUCUUCUUUUCCUCUUUUUUCUAUCAGGGUGUCUAUCUUCUCUAACACCUGCAUGUGGCAUUUAAGAAUCCAAAUCACAGUCCAAAGCCCUCUUCUCAUCACACUAAUCUUUUCCAUCCUUCCUACACAGAUCGAGCGACUGGCCCUGCCCAGCGAGGUCUGGUUUGGUUUUGUUCUUACCCCGCUUGCAGACCAGAUUGAGAAAUCUUAAAAAUUUGGUUGGGGUUAAAAAAAAUGUCAGUUUAUUUAUUUGAAAUCCAAACUCCCUUGGGAACGCUUAAGUGCAUUAGUGUACUUUUCGGCUUGUUUGUUUCAAAGAAGGGGAUCUCAUGGUCUGAGUAUUUCCCGUCCCCCGUCCCUGAAUCUGCUAGUGGUUGAAGCUGUGUAGCAUUUUAACAUAUAUAUAUAAAUAUAUAUAUUCACAAAUAUAUUCAUAUAAACAGUAUACAUUUUGAAUCAGUUAUUAAAGAAAAGUAUAUUCAAUGAAGAUGACAUUGAAAAAAACAAACCACCAACCAACCGUCUAUCCUCGAGGAAAUGAAACCUUUCCAAUUUCAUCUGGUCCUUUCCCGUUGUGCAAAAAUGACUCAGUGCUCCAAAAUGUCAAAAAUAAACCAACCCGAACGUGACAAACAAAGGCACUUCAUCGUUUAAAAUAACAUUGCCAAGAGAGAAAAUUUCCUGGGAGGGAGGUUUCCCAUAAGCCGAACCUCCUAAGCCUCUACCGCUAGCACUUUUGGCAGUCAGAUAGGAAACUGAGCAUUCUCUGGCUGUCCGAAUGAGAGGCCCAUGGUGAAAUUUUGGGGAAACACACCGUGGCCUUCUUGUCAAACCUUCUGUGGAGCUCAGACAAGCCUUUCUGUUGGGUUAGUCGCAGUGCAGAUGAUGUCUGUGUAACAACAUGAUGGUUACUCACCUUUCUUUUGAAAUUGAUUUUUGCUGUGUUAUCAAAAAAACUUGAAUACUGUGAGAAGAAGUGAUUUCCAGUUGAUGAAUCAGCAUCUUGUUCCCAUGGUGAUAACACUAAUUGAAUAUAUCUAUGAGGGCAUGUAUUAGUUAAUGGGAAAAAAUACAACACUAACAAUACAUAGCUGCAAUGUGUACAAUGGCUGAUUUAAUUAAAUAAAAUGUACAAGUGUUAAAUGUG